AUGUCUCGCAAAACUGAUAGACUUGCUAAGAAGGCAAACAAGAAGAACAACGCUCCUACUGUCGAGAAAAUUGAAGCUGCCGAAGAAAGCAGCGACGAAGAAAUCCCUGAAGCUGUUGCCAUUGAAGAACAAGAUCAAGAAGAAGAAGAAGAGAAUAGCCAAGUCGAAGAAGAAGAAGAAGCCAUAAGUGGGGAUGAAGACGAUGAGGCAGUAGAGCAGGAACCUCGUCCCAUCAGGGCUAAAAUCAACGAUGAGGCUGCCAUGAUCCGUAUCACUGAAGCUUUUAAAUUGAAGAAUUUACCUUGGAUCGAAACCAUGGCAAUCACCUCCUCUAAGCCUGUUGUUGUUGAGGAUGUGCAAAACGACAUGCAACGUGAAUUAGCCUUCUAUCAACAAGCCCUCGAAGCUGCUAAAUUAGGCAGAGAACUUGUAAAAAAAGCCGGUGCCGAAUUUUCCAGACCUGAAGAUUAUUUCGCUGAAAUGUUGAAGAGUGAUGAACACAUGGCCAAGAUCCGUCAAAAGUUAUUGGAUGAAAGCGCAUCACUCAAGGCUUCUGAGGAUGCCAAGCGUCAACGUCAAUUGAAGAAGUUUGGUAAGAAGGUCCAAGUGGAGAAACAAUUGGAAAGACAAAAGCAAAAGUCAGAGAUGCUUGACAAGAUCAAGUUACUCAAGAGAAAGAGAAAGGAUGGCGAAGAUUUAACAUUAAAUGACGAUUUUGAUAUUGCUUUGGAGAAAGCCGAUACCAAGCGUGCAAAGACUGAUAAAAAGAGUGCACCUGUCAAGAGUCAAAAGAGAAUCAACAAGGAUCUUAAAUACGGUUCUGGUGGAAAGAAGGGGCGCUUUGCUAAAUCAAAUACUCUGGAAUCAACAUCUGGUUUAGGUGGUUACAACAAGAUGAAGGGCAAGCCCAUCUUCAAGGGAAAGGGCAAAGCAUCUCCAAAGAAGAAAUAA